UCGAUCAUUUCAGUCAUGGAAGAAUAUUAUUUCUGGUUCAUGAGCUUGGGUUUUUUCUUCAUUCUGCUCGUCUCCAAGUUCACAACACAAAAGUACUACUGGGCAAGUAACCAUAGAAAAGUACUCCCACCAAGCCCACCUUCUAUACCAAUUAUAGGUCAUCUUCAUUUGCUCAGAAACAAAAAGGAACCACUUCACCGGACUUUCCACAAACUCUCUAAGAAAUAUGGUCAAGUCUUAUUUCUCCGAUUGGGAGUUCGGAACCUGCUUGUGAUCUCUUCACCUUCUGCGGUUGAAGAAUGCUUUACAAAGAACGAUGUCAUCUUUGCAAACCGUCCACGCUCCCUUGCCGGCAAACAUCUCAACUACAACUACAAAUCACUACUUUGGGCUCCGUACGGUGAUUAUUGGCGCACCCUCCGUCGCCUUACCACCUUAGAGCUCUUCUCCGCAAAGCAACUCACCAUGCUCAUGAAUUUUCGGAAGGAGGAAGUCCGUGUUUUGCUCAAGGAACUGUUUGAAGACUGCGGUGGAAGUACUAGUGGGAAUUGGGCAAAGGUGGAGUUGAGACCGAGGUUGAAGAAGCUGAGUUUCAACGUCAUGAUGAAGAUGAUAGCGGGGAAGAGGUAUUAUAGUGAAGAUGGAGCCGAGGAGGAAGCGAGCAGCUUUAGGGAGUUGAUAAAGGAGCUGAAGGAGAUCCAUGGGAUUUCAAAUCUUAAUGAUUUCUUCCCGGUUCUUCAAGUGGUGGAUUUUCAAGGGGUGGAGAAGAGGAUGAUGAAAUUGAUGAAGAAGAUGGACCGAUUUUUUCAAAACCUUAUCGACGAGCACCGGAGGGUGAGGAGUGAUGGAGUCUGCAUUGAGAGUAAGCCAACUUUGAUCGAUAUAAUGCUAUCUUUGCAACAGACAGAUCCUGAGUUUUACACAGACGAAACCAUGAAAGGUGUUAUAACCUCAAUUAUACGUGCUGGGACUGAAUCUGCAUCCACGGCCGUGGAGUGGUCAAUGUCAGUUCUUCUCAACCAUCCAGAUGAAAUGAAAAAGGCUAGAGCAGAAAUAGAAGCUAAUGUUGGAUUGGAACGACCCUUAGAUGAAGCAGAUCUGCCUAAACUAGAAUACCUACAGAAAAUAUACACCGAGGCAAUAAGGUUAUAUCCACCUGCGCCACUUCUUGUGCCGCGCGAGUCAUCGGAGGAAUGCACGAUCAAUGGUUUCCACGUGCCUCGUGGCACACAGUUAUUGGUCAAUGCUUGGAGCAUUCAUAGGGAUCCUGAACUGUGGGAGAAUCCAACAGAAUUUAUGCCAUAUCGAUUUGGAAGCGGCAAGACUGGUGGUACUGAAGGGUUUAAGAUGAUUCCUUUUGGUGUUGGGAGACGAGCUUGUUCUGGAGCUCCUCUCGGGAAAAGAUUGAUGGGACUGAUACUGGGCGCCCUGAUUCAAUGCUUUGAAUGGGAGAAAAUAGAUGGGAAAGAAAUUGACAUGGCAGAAGGACUAGGACAAGCCAUGGCUAAAGCUGAGCCCUUCGAGGCAUUAUGCAAACCUCGCCAAGACACCAUCAGCUUUCUCUCUACAUUAUGAUCGAGUUGGGUAAUAUUAUUAGCUGAUUAAGCUAGCAAUUGUAACUCGAUCAGGCAUGGUACGUGUUAUCUCCUAUGAAUAGUAGUCACGCACUGUCACUAUGGAUAGAUAUUGAAAUAGAAUCGCAUGGCAACGCAGCAUGGGAUUAGUACUCUUUGAAAUCAAUAAUGACUUUGAAACUGGAUCAAAGUAUAACAUAGAUACAUACGUGUGUGAGUGGGUGUGUGUGUUU